GGCGUAUUUCAAUGCGCCAUUCAAAAAUCAAUGGAACUGGCGUAUUAAAAAAUCAUUAGAUUGCGUUUAGUCAAAAAAUUCAAAUGUACGGAUCGAAUGAUUAUUUUUAAAUUGCUGUUCCAGCUGUUGAGCACAUAAGCUGCCAGUUCCGUAAAAACAAGUAUAUUAAUAAGAUUGAUACAAUCAGCACCUUGUUUAAAACCCAAUUCAUAACAAUUAACAAGUUAAAUUACUGCUCAACAAAUCUGAUAUACUAAAUGGGACAACUUAGUGAUAAAUUCAAAAAUAUGUCACUGGCAAUCAAAGAAGAAAGAGUGCCAUAUGAUGAAACUUCUAACAAUGGAUACAUAUUCAAUGAGAAACAUUACAUUCCAGAGGAGUUAUUGUUAGAUUUACUGUCUUAUUAUGUUGAUUACAAAACAUUGAUCAGCUGUCAAUUAGUAUGUAAACAGUGGAAUCUUUUUAUGAAAAAUUAUGUUUGGCGUAAAAAAGCUGAAUUAAUAUUAAGUCAUACACUACCACUAGAUGAAGAUACUCCUUGGACAACUUAUUACUUGAUCUGUCAUAAAAAACCAUUUCACAGAAAUCUAAUUAGAAAUCAUUCAGGACAAAAAAAUUUAAGUUCAGAUCGAAACUGGACAAUUAUAAGUGAUGGUGGUGAUGGCUGGACAGUCGAAAGUCCACCUUCUGGUGUCAUAGCAUUGCCAGAUGAUCCUGUUUUCAAUGGAACAAAUUGCUGCUUUGUCACAUCCUAUGGUAAAUGCUGGAAACAACAAGUUAUUGAUUUGGUAAAGGAAGGCUUAUCUGAAUACUUAUUAGAUAACUGGCAACCACCUAUAAAAGUAAGCGAGUGGUUUAGUAGCAGAUGGGAUUGUUCUGCUGUAUAUGUAUGCACAACUGAACUUAUGUCAGAUGAUAAUGUGGUUUUGAAACAUUAUAAUUAUUCAAGAACAAUGAGAGAUGAAGAUCAAAAUCAAUGGUUCAAGUAUGAAUAUGAGUUUAGAAAUUAUGGAAAAGGAUUGAGAAAAAUUAAAUUUUGCCAUGGUGGUCAAGAUAGACAAUAUUGGGCUGGUCACUAUGGUAGUAAAAUGGCAAGAGCUUGCAUUAUAUUGGAAAUUCCAGAUAGUAUGCAUCAUGAAGUAUCUAUCUCACAAGAAGAAACUGUUUCACCAGAACCAUAUUAUUUAUCAGAGGAACCAAAUUUUAUACGAGAAGAAUGGUCUUACUCUGAAGAAGAAUAUGACUCUGAGGAAUGAUGUGAUUUGUACAUAAAUAUCGAUGUAUGAUAUAUAUAAGAUGAAGUUACGAUAUAAUACUAUGAUUAAGCUUUAAUAAUAUUUUGAAAUAUGCUUAUCAUUAAAUACUACUAUAAUUAAAAUGUACAACACUAUUUUUGUUAAAAAAAAUAAAUUAUUAUAUUUUUAGCUAAAUUGUCGUCUUCGAAUGUUUCACAAUUACUGAAAGUUUAUAAAAAUAAACGAGUUUAAAA